UAGCCAUUUUUCUGCCCAUGUUCAGUAACUAUUGAGCAGCUUGUGUAAUGUGAGGAGUAUUCACUCAAAGAAAAUGAGAGACAAAAGACACAAGAAUAGGCUUGACUGUUAAUGGGAUCAUUAUUGAAAGGUGAUGAGCAGCAGAGAGAGAAGUGGGAGGGCAGAGACGGAGGGAGUCACAACAGAGAGAGGGGAUAGGAUUAGAGCGAGCACUGCUCCCUCUCUCCUCUUCUCUCUUUUCUUCUCUCUUCAGCACUUCUCAAAUAAAAAAAAAAAACAUAAUUCAUUAGUUACAGCCUCUCAGUUACAGACCUUGUGUAUGCGUGUGUUCCCUUUUGAAAGUGAGCUCAUUCAUAGAGAGGAUCCACAUCUACUCUACUCCGGCUGUAGUGCCUGUGUUGUGUGUGUCUGAGUGUGUGUGUGUGUCACACUGAAUGACAGAGAGAGAGGGGGAGAGGUAGAGAGCGGACAGCCUCACAAGAAAGAUCUCAGGGGCAACAGAUCUGGUUUGCACGGCUGAAAACACCAAACACAACGGGAUGGAUUUCUGCACGACGUGAACGUGAGCGAGGAACACCUGCCUCACACAUUAAAAAAACACAGCCAGGAUGUCAGGGAUGGACAUCCUGCUGGUGGACCAUAAUGAGACUGGAAUCUCUCCAGUAGACAAUGGGACCUUCCUCCGCUUCUCCCCGACCUCUGCUUCCACCUCGGCAGCCGCCUCCUCACCGGGACGUCCGGGCAACGUUUACGUCUACGUGUGGCUCUUCCUCGGCCUGCUGGUGUUCCUGCUGACGCUGCUCAUCAUCUCCCUCCACAGGCUGAAGAACAUCAUCUCCUCCUCCUCGUCUGUCCCCGACUGCAGCAGCGAGGGAGGGAGCUCCUUCACAAACAUGGAGAUCUGUAGCAUCUCGUCUCAGAGGUCCACCAUCUCCUCACUGUCCACCUGAGGGGGAGAUAGGACGGAGCACAUACAGACACAUCUGGCCGUGUGCAUCUCCUCGUGCAUGCAUGCUUACACGCAAAUAGCAGGCAAGCAUGCACACACACAAAGCACGUGGAGGCUCAGCACCUCCUCACUGUGACAUACAAACACAAAAACGCUCUAUUUCAGCCUGUAAGAAGCUGACAGCACGAAAUUACUGUUCACUCCACGCAUGCAUAUUCUAAUCCCGACGGUCCGGUGAGUCUGGUGUGUCCAUGCAAUUUCCACAGGCACAGGGGAAAUAUAGCUCACAGUGAGAUGAGGAGGUCCUGGGGGUGAGAGUCACUGAACCCUUCUGAGCCUUAUUUCAACGAUGAAGACAAAUGAACCUGAGAAACUGCUCUCCCUGUGCAGGAACUAUUAUCUUUCCUCUGUUUUGUAAAGUCCAUUUCUUGUACUGUACUUGUCAUAUUUACUGUGGAGCAAAUAAUAUCCAAGUUUGCACAGCAUGUGUCAUAAUGUCUGUAGACUGCAUUGCAGAAUCAGAAUUACAAUAAUAUUAAAGAGCAUUCCUUUGUACAGAAAUGCAUGCUUAUGUCUCAGUUGUUCAGACAGGUUAGGAUGAUGUAACCUACUUUAAAAACUGUACACAUGCUUAAUUGCUUCGUGAUUCCCCUGGGGAGAGGGCACAGCACAAGACAUCCUGCUGUGGAUGUAAAGGUGAGGAAGAAAUGAGGGUUGUGUCUCAGACUAUUGACAGGCGGCCGGCCUCUGAUUGCAGCUAAAGACAGACCAGGUCAAAAGUGGCAUAAACAACAAGAUGAAAUUCUGGUUCUGAAAGACAGGUCUACCAGCGUAACGGAUUACCCUCUCUUGCCUGUCAGCUUGUGUGGCUUCUGAUUGCAGUCUCCAUAGUGACUGAAGCAUGAGAGCUCCGUGCAGCUGUCAGCCUCCUCUGUAUUCCAGGCUUAAGCUUCGGUAAUGGUUGUUUCUGCUCAAAAGACAUCAUCUUAGUUUUAAUACUGUGAGGUGUAGUUUUUUUUGACAGGGCAACAAAAGUACACCACACACUCAGAGCAAAUGAUUAGAAAGAGGUUCAUUCAUCUUUGUAACACUUUUCCAUAAAAUGUAAUCACAACUGAAGGCUUGGAGGGCGGUGAUGACAGCUACGAGGCCACGAACAAUACAAAGAGUCUGAACUGCCGGCGCUCUUAUUGACAAAUCCUCAUUGCUCUCACAAUGAGUGUUUCACAGGUGGUAAUACUGUGUCAGCCAAUCUCUUUAGUUCCUCCAUGUAUAGUCAGUGUUGACUACUGGUUCAUUAUGUCAGCUUUUGAUGAGUCGUAUGCACACAGUCAAGAGGUUUUUAUGCCAAGAACCUUUUUGUUUUAAAGGGAUAGUUCACCGCCAAAUUAAAAAUACAUAUUUUUCCCUUUUACCUGUAGUGCCGUUAU